AUGAAGCUGUACGAACUAAGAAAAGAAGUGAAUCAAAUGUCGAGCACGCUGGAGGAGUACAUUGUUUCCUCCCAGACCCCGCCGUCUAAGGAGCUUGAGUCCAUUCGGGACAAAAUACGAAGCAUGCACGAGGAGUCGCAGAAAGUAGACGCGGUCUCGGAGUAUUUAAUGGUAGACAGGCACGUGCUGGGAAUGGCUUUCACGCGGGCCCUUCUUUUGAUUCGAAUCCUAUCUCCAAAAACAGACAUUGAGAUGAAUCUCGGGUGUCUGCAGAGAAACCUAAAGCCAAGCAUGCUGCAGAUGGGCGGGAAAGAGAUACUUUUGGAGGCAGUAUACAUAUACAUUCUGGACAACCAGCAGUCGCAGGAGAUAAUCGAGGUAGUGCGCAUGCUGAAGAACAAGCUGCAGAUAAAGAAAAUGAUCACGAAGAAAACCACAGAGCUUGAGAAAAUGAUACAAAUUCGCGUGAGCCAGAUAGUAGAGACCAAGGUGAAGGAGGUGCUUCCAAUAACACAGUGCGAGACGCCAAACUCGCUGAUCAUGGCUCUGAGCACAAUCCUGGAGGUGGACAGCAUAAAGUACAUGGAGGACAUUCUGGCUAAUAACGUGCACCCGCCUGUUGACAUCAGAAACAUACUGCGGCAGCUGAUCCUUAUUGAGAGCGUGGAGAUCACCAACGAGUAUCUGGAGGUGUACUAUCUGAUGCUGUGCAUGCUGUCCAAGUACGUAUCCCUGCGCAAGAAGCGAGACCUAGUCAACAGCAAAGACGCCAUAUACGAAAUACUGGACGACGACUGCGUGGGGAUCAUGGUCCGCAUACUGGAGAAGGAGUGUGUGCCCAGCAGGAUUCGGGUGGAGAUCAUGAACAUUCUUGUAGAAAGCGACAUACAGACCAUAAACUACAUGCACGUCUCCGUCGACAGCGCCAAGCUGAUCUCGUUUAUCCGGUACGUGGUGAAGAACAGCGACCAGGUUGGCCUGCUCAUGGAAAUACUUGAGGCGCUGGAGAUAGAAAUAACGGACGAUGGAAACGAAACAGAAAUAUCGAACCUCAUUGUGAUAAUGGACUUCCUGAACAUUAUUUUGCGCACAUACACGAGCAGCGCAGAGUCCGCGAGCAGCGAGUGCAUGCCCGGAUACCUGGACCAGUCAAAGAGGUGCUUGGACCCGGGAAGCAGCGCCCACGCUCUGCAAAUGUCCAGCCUGUCCAGGCUAAAUGCAGCUGUCAGCAACAGCAUAUCCCUGGAGAGGUACAUUGGAACCAGCAUCAUGGAGGUGUACAACAGCAUAAUACCAAAUGUUUCCAACCCCAUUAUUAUAUACACGUACCUCAAGAUAUUCAGCAAGCUGCUAACGGCAGUCGACGCGGCAGACCCAUCCCUGCACUACUAUGGGUCUGUAAGCAACCGAAACAGCCUGCUUAGCCACAGCAUAAACGCGCUGGGGUCUGUGCUGCGGAGCCUCAGCAUGUACGUGGUGCAGGGCGACACGCUGUACGCUGAAGUGCCUGCUGUGAAGCUGUACGACCUGGAGAGCCCGCACAGCGCAAUAUGCAUGGAGGCAGCCCCCAACAGCAAAGACAUUAUGCUGGAGUCUGUGCGGAUGCUGUUCUUUAUCAUACUCCAGCUGCCCGAGCCCAUAAAAAACACAAUAAGCACAAGCUACGUGCUGAACAUCGUGUUCCGGGCAAUCAGCCUGGACAGCGAGCCUGUGCCAAGCGACAUACUGGCGUUCGUGAGAGGCUUUUUCACGGCGCCUAUUUUGCACAAGCUGGCAAACUCGCUGGGCGGAAAUCUGUAUGCGUUUAUCUCGAUGCUUAUUGCAAAGGGCGAGCUGGAGACUGUGUACAAUCUGGUGCAGAACAGCAACAAGCUGUACAAGGGGAUUCUGUGCAAGGACAUUUUGACCGAGGAAAUUUUUGUCGAGCACAAAGAGGAAAACGUGCUGUACAGCCUGCUAAGCACAAUGAUCAUGCAGUACUACACAGAAAACAGCACGCUCAACAACAGCGAGCUGAAUGCAAAAAUUGUGGAGCUGUACAACUCAGUGUGCAACCACGUAAAAAAGAGCCCGCAAAUGCCAGCCUUUCUGCGGGAAAGCCGAGAGUUCGGGUACUUUUUCAAAAUGCUGUGCGUGGUUGGAAAGGAGCUGGAGCUCGACUGCAGCGGAAUGCUUAGGCUCCUGCUGGCUGCAGCCGGCGCCCCAAAUGCAAGCGUAGACGAGUGCCAGGGCGCGGUUCUGUACAACAGCAGCAGCCGAAACAUAUCUGAGCUGUACUACUUCUACCACUUUGUAUGCAAGGGCGUUAGGCUGGACAGGAAGCUUACGCUAGACAAGACUGAAUCGGGCAGCGGCUGCGGGCUUCUGUGCAUGAACGAAAUGCAAAACUCGCAUGGCAGCAACAUUUUGAAGUAUCUGGCGCUCGUGGCGCUCGACGGGGAGCAGGUUAAGGAAAAAAGCCACAUCCAAAUGUACAAGGACCUUGACCUUUCUGCAGUUUCUGCGGGAGAGCGCGCCCUGUUCACCAACCAGAUAUACAGGAGCAUGUUUCUGACUGGGCGGGUGCAAACGGGAAACUACACAGGCCUGAGCCCGAGCAGCAGCACGUGCAAGACAGCGGGCAGCGAGCCUGCCGAAGGAAAGCCUGCCAAGAAAGAGAGCCAGAAAGAAGACGGAGCAAUGCUUGGUGGCGUGUGUGCAAAAGAGUACUCGUAUGCGGAUAUGUCCAUUAGAUCGGCCAUAAAAGCCACGAUGGACACAGGCGCGCCCCACAUUCUUCCGCACACGAUUCUGUCGGUUGGAGAGCCCGGCCUGGUUUCGGCGCUUCUGUAUACGCUGUACAGCAAGUCCCCUAACUCUGCCGUUGUGCUUUCAUACAUCAAGAAGAUGCGAAAAUACACAAAAAAUGACAGCACGGUGUACACGAGGGUUCUUUCGUCUAUUAUACUAUGA